UAUACAUACAGCCCAGUAGCUGAGCGUACCGGUUUUCGGUCGGGGCAGUUGCAGCGGUCGCCCUGCGAAAGGGCUGCUGCCUCCUGAGAGUAGUGACCGAAGAUGGAGCAACACAUGGAGAUUCAGCCACCCUCUGACUUCCAACCAUGACCAUCACCACCAACCACGAUUUCUUGAGCACCUGCUCUGUGCUGGGCACUGCUCUGGAUAUUGAGGGGGGAUUCAAAAGAGAUAAAAGGCACAGCCCUAUCUCCCAUGCAGCUUGUAAUUUAAUUUAGGAGCUGAAACCCACUCAAAUGAUGCGGCAUAAGAACACUAACAAGCAUUUCACUAGAAUGGGGACUAGGAAAAAAGUUCAUGCAUUUGUCCGUGUCAAACCCACCGAUGACUUUGCUCAUGAAAUGAUCAGAUACAGAGAUGACAAAACCAUUGAUAUUCACUUAGAAAGAGAUACUCGGAGAGGAGUCAUCAAUAACCAGCAGACAGACUGGUCAUUCAAGCUGGAUGGAGUUCUCCAUGAUGCCUCUCAAGACUUGGUUUAUGAGACAGUUGCGAAGGAUGUGGUCUCUCAGGCCCUCAAUGGCUAUAAUGGCACCAUCAUGUGUUAUGGGCAGACGGGAGCUGGCAAGACAUACACCAUGAUGGGGGCAACUGAGAACUACAAGCACCGGGGGAUCCUUCCUCGUGCCCUACAGCAGGUUUUUAGGAUGAUUGAGGAACGCCCCACACAUGCCAUCACUGUACGUGUUUCCUACCUGGAAAUCUAUAAUGAGAGCCUAUUCGAUCUCCUGUCCACUCUGCCCUAUGUUGGACCCUCAGUCACGCCAAUGACCAUCGUGGAAAACUCUCAAGGAGUCUUUAUUAAGGGCUUGUCAGUCCAUCUCACAAGUCAGGAGGAGGAUGCAUUCAGCCUCCUUUUUGAGGGAGAAACCAACAGGAUUAUAGCCUCCCAUGCGAUGAACAAAAACUCAUCCAGGUCGCACAGCAUUUUCACCAUUUAUGUGGAGGCUCAUUCCCGGACCUUAUCAGAUGAAAAGUACGUCACUUCCAAAAUUAACUUGGUGGAUCUAGCAGGCUCGGAAAGGCUAGGGAAGUCUGGGUCUGAGGGCCGAGUCCUGAAGGAAGCCACCUAUAUCAACAAGUCGCUGUCAUUCCUGGAGCAGGCCAUCAUUGCCCUUGGGGACCAGAAGAGGGAACACAUCCCCUUCCGGCAGUGCAAGCUCACCCACGCCCUGAAGGACUCGCUAGGGGGAAAUUGUAACAUGGCCCUCGUGACAAACAUCUAUGGAGAAGCCGCUCAGUUAGAAGAGACGCUGUCUUCACUGCGGUUUGCCAGCAGGAUGAAGCUGGUCACCACUGAGCCUGCCAUCAACGAAAAGUGUGAUGCUGAGCGAAUGGUCAAGAACCUGGAGAAGGAGCUGGCACUGCUCAAGCAGGAGUUAGCCGUCCAUGACAGCCUGGCCAACCGCACCCAUGUGAACUACGACCCCAUGGAUGAAAUCCAGAUUGCCGAGAUCAACUCCCAGGUGCGGAGGUACCUGGAGGGGACACUGGAUGAGAUCGAUAUAAUUAACCUCAGACAGAUCCAGGAAGUGUUCAACCAGUUCCGGGUGGUUCUGAGUCAACAGGAACAGGAAGUGGAGUCCAGUUUGCGCAGGAAGUACACCCUCAUAGACAAAAAUGACUUGGCAGCCAUUUCUGCUGUCCAGAAGGCAGGGCUUGUGGAUGCUGAUGGCCACCUAGUGGGCGAGCCCGAUGGACAAAGCUUUGGAUUUGGGGUCGCCUCUUUCACUGCCAAGGCUGGGAAGAAACCCAAGUCCAGGAAGACAAUGAAAGAGCAGCCCAGCUCUUCAGCAAGAAAGGAAGGUGCCAGCAGCCCCGUAAGUGGCAAGGACUUAGAUAUUUUCACCUCCAAGACCCAGCUGACUCCAUCGUCCAAGGAUGGGGAUGUCAAAGACAUGCUUCUGCGGGACCGGGAGACCUCCUACAAUGAAACUCUUCCCUUGGACACCCCAAAGGAGGAACUACACCCACCCAGGCCCAGCACCCCGCCCUCCAGGCCUGUGGCCUUUGAGGACUUCAAGAGCGAGCGAGGUAGUGAGAUCAACCGUAUCUUCAAAGAAAACAAGUGCAUCUUGAACGAGCGGAGGAAAAGGGCCAGCGAGACAACCCAGCGCAUCAAUGCCAUCAAGAAGGAGAUCGACAUCACCAAAGAGGCACUAAAUUUCCAGAAGUCACUGCGGGAGAAGCAAGGAGAGUAUGAUCACAAGGGGCUGAUGAUCAUCGAUGAGGAGGAAUUCCUGCUGCUCCUGAAGCUCAAGGACCUCAAGAAGCAAUACCGAACCGAAUACCAGGACCUGCGCGACCUCAGGGCUGAGAUCCAGUACUGCCAGCGCCUGGUGGACCAGUGUCGCCACCGCCUGCUCACGGAAUUUGACAUCUGGUACAACGAGUCCUUCUUCAUCCCUGAGGACAUGCAGGCGGCACUGAAGCCAGGUAGCAGCAUCCGGCCAGGCAUGCUGCCUGUCAGCAGGAUCGUUUCUCUAGGAGAAGAUGACCAGGAUAAGUUCAGCCAGCUGCAGCAGACGAUGCUGCCCGAGGGCCCUGAUUCCAUCUCCUUCUACAAUGCCAAAGUGAAGACAGAACAGAAGCACAAUUACCUGAAAACCACAAUGGGCCUCCAGCAGGCACACAGAAAAUAGGGACUCGGUGCCAGUGCCUUGAAGGACAAGAUGCCCUGCGACUCCUGCCUGCUCUGGUGGAGCUGCUGCACCACCUGCCCAGAGUCCCAGCUAGUCUGCUCCAAGGCUGGACCCAGCCAAGAGAAGACACAAUGGCCUGUCUGCCAGGAGGAGCAGCCUUCAAAGGAUGCCCUUGCUUAUCUUCACAGGAAGCUUUUGGUUUUAAUUCACUGUCUUAUAUGCAGGGACAAGAUAAAAUAACGUUGUAGUCUGGACCUUUUAGUACUCA